AUGUCGGUGCUAUUUCGUGUACGAGAGUGUCAUGUCUACCGCGUUCCACCACGUAAAAGCAAUGCAGGCUAUCGUGCAUCGGAAUGGGGAGAUACAAGCAAGCCGCUCUGGUCAGGUAGGCUCUGUGUGAUGGAACUAGAAGACCGUUGCGAGAUCAGGCUGGAAGAUGGAUCUACAGGAGAACUCUUUGCUGCAUGCCCAUACGAUAUCAGUGGUAAAUCUGUGGAAGCCGUUUUGGAUUCAUCGCGCUAUUUUGUCUUGCGUGUAGAGAGUGAGGAUGAGGACGGAAACAAACGGCACGCGUACAUCGGUGUGGGUUUUAUCGAGCGGAGUGAGAGCUUUGAUUUUACGGUGGCAUUACAGGACUGGACACGACGCCAAAAGUCAUCGCAAGUAGCCUCGAGAGAGGACGAUCAGGCAGCGCAGCCCUCCCCGUACAUCCUUGCAGGAGCCCGACGAGACUUUUCGCUGCAAGAUGGGGAGACUAUGCGUAUCCAGAUCCCUGGAAAAGGCGCAGGGGCAUCAUUUCCCAAGGCGCAAGAUAAGCCAGCUACUGGAUUCGUACUGCCACCGCCACCACCUGGUAGGCGCCCAGCGUAG